AUCCUCGUGGGAUUUUUUUGGGCCCAGAAGUAGGCGACUCUGCACCUGAUGUGACGUAAUAAGGAGAAAACAUCACAUGCAUUGAAGUUCUUCAUUAGAUCAGUGAGUGGGACACGCUGAACAACAUGGCUGCUAGAAGUAGUGAGAAAAAGAAAAACAACGAAGAUUUAACGCCAGAACAAAUAAAUGCUCAAUUUAACCAACUGCGUCAAGAGCAGAGAGCUUUUCUUUCCAAAAUCGGUGAACUAGAAAUGGAUUAUUCAGAGCAUAGUAUGGUGAUUGAGAAUUUAAAAAUUAUUGCACCUGACCGAAAAUGUUUUCGUUUGGUUGGGGGAGUCUUGGUUGAGAGAACUGUUAAAGAUGUUCUUCCUGCGUUAGUUAGUAACAGAGAUAAGAUUAAAGGACUUGUUCAAAACUUAAAUGAUCAACUGAAAACAAAAUCGGAUGAACUCAAUGUUUUCAAAGAACAGCAUAACAUCAGAUUGCUGGGGGAGAAACAACAAGAUGAAAAAAUGAUUUAUUGUUGCAAUGGUUCUCUUGAAAGUUUUAUGUUGGGCUAUAAUAUAUUCAUAAAGAAAAUUCGCUUUCCACCUGGCAAAAAUCUGGUAACGAUUUUGAAUAAGCGCUUAAUUAGGUGUGAAUUCGUUAGUCAUUUUUUGCUUUGUAUCAAUAACAAAGAAGAAACAUCUUUUUGGACAAUUUAACAAGUAAAUAGAUUCACGCAUGCCAUAUUAUCAGAAAAAAGACGAUAAUGUCCAAACAAAGGUACUUCCAUAAAGGGAUAUCUUGAGCAUAUGAUCUAAGGUGAUCACCACAAACAUAAGAACAUGAUUUAUCCAGUAAGCUGCCUCUGCCGAAUUACAAAAGAUGAUUUAUGAGGUUGCUUUUCAAUUUGAUAGCCCAACAUAAGACUUUCAAUAAUGAUGACAUUUAUUUUUUAAAUUGCUGUCGUAAUGGCUCAAUAAAAAGUCUUUUGAUGGGCUAUCAUAUACUCAUAAUGAAAAUUCGCUGAUUUCCACCUGGAAAAUCUCGGGCUACGAUUUUGAUUAUGCACAUAAUUAGGUGUGAAUAAAAGACGAAGUCGUUUUUGUUCGUUA